AUGAAAUUUAAAAAAGAAACGAAAACAUGGAAAAUAUCCGGGGAUGUGGAUACGGAAAGCGAAGCAAACGAUUGCGAACCACUUUUAACGGAUGCUAGUGACGUAAGCAGAGGAACUUUCGGAACAACGUGCAUGUUUCCCGAUGCAUCGGAAACGACGGAUUUCGAUUCGUCCAAACAAAUGGAAACAAAUGGUACGACGAAUUCGAGCGAUUCCGGAACGCCUAGGGAAAUCCCCUAUUUUUUCGGAUCCCUUUUUAAAAAACCUAAAAUAGAAAAUACGGUCGAUGAUGCUUUGUCCAGGUUUAAAUAUUAUAGUAAAAUUAAAAAUUUCAUACGAAGGGAUGAUACUUGUCCGAGAUUAUACGAUCAUGGAGUACCAUCAUCCGUUUUCGUUCCAUACAUUCCAGGAUCGGAUCAUCAAUCGGGAAAACAAAGCAGCAUCGUUACAAUAUUUUCCAUAUGGAACACUAUUAUCGGUUCCUCGUUAUUAACGAUGCCCUGGAGUAUGGAAAAAUCCGGGUUGGCCAAUGGGAUUUUUUUAGUCAUACUCAUGGGAGCACUUUGCUUAUACACGGCUUAUCUACUAUUAAGAGUUCAACAACUUCACGGUGGUGGACACGUGGAUUGGGAAGUGGCUGAUUUAUCCGGAUAUCUAUUAGGAAAACAAUCGGAAAUGAUAGCCAAGAUAUUUUCAUUGGUUGUUUUAAUGGGCGCGUUAAUUGUUUAUUGGAUAUUAAUGUCAAAUUUUUUAUUUCAUUCCGUUGAUUACGUUUACGAGAGAAUAAACGGAUUUCCAAAUGAAAACGUUUACGGUAACGUAUCCGUUAUUUGCCUCAAUAAUUAUUCGCAAUUAACGAUUAACGUCGAACAAACGUCGAUUGUUAAAAGAUUAACAACAACAAACGAAAACGUCGGGGAUUUCGAUUACGAUGAUGAUGAUGAUGAUGAUUAUAAUAAUAAUAAUGAUGAUUUUUUACCUUUUUAUCGUAAAAUUUGGAAUUAUCAAACAACGGUUCCGAUAUUUUUAAUUUUAAUCAUUGGUCCACUCGUUAAUUUCGAAAGUGCAACUUUUUUCACGAAAUUCAAUUCUUUGGGUACUUUAUCAGUUUUGUAUUUGUUAUUUUUUGUUACGGUUAAAAGUUACGCAUGGGGUAUAAACGUUGAUUUUUACUCUGAUAAAAAUCCUUAUCACAUACCUAAUUUUAACAUUGAUUUCCCCGUUUUAACCGGAAUGCUCGCUCUUGCUUUAUUCAUUCAUAAUAUUAUAAUAACCGUUAUGAGAAAUAAUAAACAUCAAGAAAAAAAUGGAAGAGAUUUAUCGAUUGCUUUCAUAUUAGUCGUAUUAACUUAUUUAAUUGUCGGUGUUGUUUUUUACAUAGCAUUUCCACUUGAUAAACAUUGCAUUGAAGCUAACUUACUAGAUAAUUUUCAAAAUUCCGAUUUCAUGACAGUCGUAGCGAGAGUUUUUUUAUUCUUUCAAUUGGUCACAGUUUAUCCUUUGAUUAUUUACAUGUUAAGAAUACAAUUAUUUACAACUCUUAUAAAUAAAGUGUAUCCUGGUAUGCCACAAAUAUUACUUUUCAAUUGCGUCAUCAUAGUCAUUUGCGUUUCUUUUGCCAUUUUCUUACCUAAAAUAGGAACGAUUAUCAGGUAA